CUUCAACAAUCCUAAGUACUUCACAAAUCCAGUGUGUGGGUCUUCCAGUGAGUUGGAGAGGAUUGAGGAACCAUGGCACAGUUUGGAACCUUGAUAUGGACUAUAACUAUUAUAUUGGUGCAUGUAAGCAUUGGAUCCUGUAUUGCAUGUGGUAGAGCCGAGUACAGAAUAUGGGAUGAAUGCUGCCCCAUGUGUUCACCAGGAAAUUGUGUACAUAAGCAUUGUACUGAAUUCACCAGCACCAGCUGCAUGCCCUGUGUUGAUUCUACAUUUCUUGAUGAGCCCAAUGGUCUCAUAAAAUGCAAAGUGUGUACCAACUGUGAUCCAGGUUUGGGUUUGAUGGUAAAGCAGCCAUGUAGACCUUCAUCAGACACUGUCUGUGGGACACUGGAGGGGUUCUACUGUCUAGACCCAACUAAGGAUGGUUGUAGAGCAGCCCAGAGACACAGCAGCUGUAAACCUGGUCAAUACAUCAGCCACACAGGAACAACAUCUACAGAUACUGUGUGUUCUGACUGUACUGGUGACACCUAUUCAGAUGGAUCAUUAACAUCUUGUCAGCCACACACAGAGUGUAAAUCCUUAGGUCUUCAAGAACUUAGACCAGGAACUCAUUUGUCCAAUUCUGAAUGUGGACCACAAUCCUCACAAAUAGAACCUGGAAUCAUCAUUGGUGUUGUUCUGGCAUCAGUCCUAAUAGCUCUUGCAAUAACAAUAAUAAUAAUAAUAGGAUUUGUAAUUCUAAGGAGGAGAAAAAGUCCAACACCAGUGACUUUUUCUCCAGUGACAGUAAAUGCUGUAGAGGCAUCAUCAGAUUUAGAGGAAACACCAAGCAAUGUAGUACAAUGAAACAGAAGAAAGUACAGCAUCUUGCAGGUGUUAGUUUUGUAGAUGGUGAGUUGUCAAGAACUUCAGCCGUAUGACUAAAGGUGUAUGUUCUAUUACUUCAUGUUAUCAAUGCAAUGAUGACAAC